ACAAACCAAUUGGAAAGCCGGUGUUUAUAGUUUUAUUUACAUUUUUAAUCUUCCUACCAAAAUCACAAUCCCCGGGAAUUAAACCCGCCGCAGAACCCCCAACGCUGAAAAUUGCAUGCCUAAAUUUUCAAUGAGCUAACACGCAGCAGUCCAAAGGAGUAAACAAGAACAAUCACCCGCGAAAAUGGACGACUUCAGCAGCAUUAAACCAAACAGUUCGGUGGUGAAACUGGCCUCCUGCCUGGAGAAGAUCUACACCAAAAUCGUGGAGAGCCGGGAAAAGCAGGUGCCGGAGCACCAGAUCAAGGAAAUCGAGUUCCUCCGGACGCAAUGCAAGCACGAGCACAUGCAACUCAGCCUGAUGAGCUGUCAGACGUUGGUACGCCUGGUCGACGAGGGAGCCCUGGAGGCCAAUGGAGUCCAAAACUCGCUUCUCUCAAUGCUGGGGAAUUCGGGACCAAUGCACUUUGCCAUCAUCACUGAGAGUAUUCUAGGUCUCCAGUUGCUCAACCUAAAGCGAAAAACUUCCUUGUUGAAGGACUCAGAGACCUACCAGUGUCCCUAUGGCCUUAAGACUCAGCAGCAUCCUUUAAUAUCCUUGAUUCAGCACUCAAGUGUUAACAUGCAUGAUGUGGCCAACAAGGUAAUUGGGAUUUGCCAGCACCACGACAAGGGUAUUCGAGACUAUAGCAUUGAGUUUCUGAGGCCCGUGUUCCUCUAUGUGCUCUGCAAUCCCCAAACACUGCAUGACGUAAAGCCUAUCUGGACGUGCCUGUUGAACUUAAGUGGUAAACGACCAGAGGCACGUGCUCUGAUGCAAGAGCUGCUGGCUUGGAGCAAAUUCAAUAACGCCACCACUUGCUUAUGCACCAGUAUCCUGUUAAUCGAAGCCAUUGAUCACUUUCUGCAGCAGGAGGAUCACGCCCAGUCCAUCGAUCUUGCAAUCUACCAGGCCUGCCUCAUCAAGCAGCUGGCCAACUAUGGCAUCGAUCCUCGUCCCAGCCUCCAGUGCUUACUAAGAGCACUCCAUGCCACUCGAGAACACACUAAGAAUCACUACCACGUCCUUCUAAUACUCCUGGCAGAAGUGGUGCAUGUCCUUUCGCCGUUUUAUCUGGCGGAUCUGCUGCGCAUCAUAGUGUUUGUGGUGGUGCAGGAACGCUGUGGCCAUGAAUACAUUCUGAACAUGUGUCUGGACGGGAUAAUUCAGUGGAUGUCUCAGACUGCAUUCAUACCCGCAGAGGGCUUGGCUUUGGCCGACCAGAUAGUCCAAAGGGUUCUUGAUCCCAAGAGAUCAGACGAGGAGGCAGAGCGGAUUUCCACAGGGCAACUAGAACCGGCCCACAUGAGAAACUAUCAUCCUGAUAUAGCCAUCGCCUUCGACCUGGCCGCUCUGGUAGAAUCCUUUGACGCCUCCGACAAUCAGGACGUUUUCGCCUUUGUGGACGCCUUAAAUGUUAAGUCUAACACAGCCUUUUGUCAGCGACUUCAUCUUUUUCUGAGAGCUCUCUUUCUAUCACGAGAACCAGCUGUGGACUGCUGGUUUAAAAUCUAUGAGGUUAUUCUGCAAAUCAUCAAGGUUAACGAAAACAUUGCCUACGACUUUCUGAUGACCUACAUCUUUAAGUUGGCCCAUGAAAAUAGUCCGGAACUGCAGCUGGAACUCCUGAGAGGAUUGGCCAGCUUUGCCGUUUCCAAAGAUAAUGUGCCCAUGAUCCUUAAUACCAUAAGAAAUCUUUCCACCGAUAAUGGCACCUUUUGUGUGGAUCUGUAUCUGCGUUUGUGGCGCGUGGAGACCCGUACUUAUCCCUUUUUGCUAAAGCAAAUUGCCCAACCACUUCCAGAUGGAGACAAACGCUGGGAACUGCAGAUAGCUCGCACCCAUGCCAUGAGAGAAAUCUGCCAAGAAAAACCUACUUUGCACGGCUCCGAACUUCUGCCUCAUCUAAGUAACACCCUUAAUAACUGCUCCGAUGAGGCCGGCGAUUUAGCUACUUCGCUGGCCAUGGAUGCCAUCUAUGCUCUUUGUGACAGUCAUACCGUCAAUAUAGCCUCGACCUGGCAAGCAAUCGGCAGCAAGUUUCGUAGUGAACAACGUCCCCAGACUCUCAAAUCGUUGUAUAAAUUCUUUGGCCUGGUUCCACUACUGCAAACGCCCACAUUGGAGUACGAGAAACUGGCUGACGAUGCCUUGGAGCAGCUUUGGCAAGCUGUUAGCCGACCGGGAACAGAUGCCGUCCAAGUGCGACAAGCGCUCGCAGCUCUCAAAAACUAUGAACCGGGAAGCACCCUUAAUCUUCGGCAUAUUCCCGCCCAAUUUCGUUUUGAGAUCGUAGGCGGCGGUGUGGCUGCCCCUGGAGGACGAGAAGUAUUGGAUUUACAGCAGGAAUCAGUACCCGGUGAAGUUUGGGUACAAUUGCUGCAGAAGAUUCGUCCCGAAUGCGGAGACGCGGCUGCGGACCUUAUAUCUCACUACGUGUCCGGUGAAAUUGAAGGUUUUCGAAGCGGAGUCUAUCGGCUACCCGAAGGUAAACCGGAGCCACGAAAGCUAGUGGGUUUAUUUGCCACCAGCCCGCUACGGGCCGUUACAAACUACAUUGUGAGUCAGGCACGAUUUGGGGACUACGUGCCCGAACCUUAUGCCGUGACAUUUGCCUUAAGAUCGCUGUCGAAGAAGUUUUCCAAGCCCAUUCCACCGCUCGACUGGAGUUGCCUGACCAGCUUUUUCCACCUGUCCUUUGAUGCUCGAAAGUACUGCAUAAUGAUAGCAAAGAAUCAGGCCCUGAACUCAGGAACCGCCAAGCGUCUCCUGGAAAACUUCCUUGUGGACUUUGAGCCCAAUUGCUUCGAGGAAGAUCUCCUGUUGCUGUUCUCUCUACUCCCGGAGAUUGCCAACAGUGUUAGUCUGCAAAUUCUAAAGAAUUUCGCCGAAAAAGUGGCCGUCUACUGCUUCAAGGAGUCGCAGCUGAAUGACUUCGCUGAGGGCUGCCUCUUUGAGAAGUUCCUUGAAAGUGUCAAGUACAUUUUUACCGGACAAUGUGACAUUCCCGAGGUGCUUGACGUUUUCACCCUGAUUGUUGAGCGUUACAUGGAUUCGAUGGACUUGGAUUCGAGGUUGUUUGAACGCUAUACGGAGGUGGUGUCCACAUUGCAUCCAAAUGCCAUUGACGGACUUACAACACCUGCGAAUUGGUGGGAGACGCCCAUGGGAAAGCUAAAAAAGGCCACAAUUAUUCGCUGCUACUUGGUAUUGUACAACGAGAAACUCCCCAAUCCCCUAAAGUGGCUUACGCCCAUCAUCGAUGCCUAUGAGAAACGGGAGGAGGAGCGUCCCUUUUUCUACCGCCAUCUAGCUGCCACCCUGUACGCAUUCGGAAGCGAUGAACAUGCCAGUAACUGGAUAUCAGAGAUGUUUUUGGAAAUCCAAAUGCUCUUGGCUGAGGCCUCCAACAAGGAGAAGGUUAACCGGGCCCUAUAUCUUCUGGACAUCUUUAUGUUAGCCGUAGACGUGCUCUCCGGCUGUGCAGUUCUCCUGGGCAGCGUGGACGUGGUGGCCACAAAUCAAAAACAGCGACUUUCACUGUUUCCAGAGAGCUUGCAAUACUUAUGUGACCACAUUUUCUGGAAGGAUCAGGAGGCCAAGAUCUACGAAUUCCUCUUUAAUCUCUACAAGCUCGCUUCCAUGCCAUCCUCCUACUCGGAUGUAUUCAGGGAAGCAAUCAUCUGCUCCCGGAAUAAGCCCUAUUUCGACAACAAGGGUGUCUGGACCAAAUACGUAGGCCUGCGUAAAUGAGCACAAUGUAAACGAACUCACCGCAUUUAAACUUCUCUGCCCACGCCUGAAGUGCACUUGAAUGGUUGAACCAUUCCAUACCGUCAAUGUUAGUCAGUUUUUGAUAGCAAACGCGCAUUCUUUGCUGUUUGUAACAGUUUAAAAUACAUUAAUGCAUUUUUGCGC